AUCUCCUCAAGAGUGACCCCCUCUCUCCCCCAGACAUGGAUCAGACAGACACAGACGGCUGGGUCACUUUCCGCGCCCAGACCCGGACGAUGGACAAUCUCCGUCGUCUGCAGCGUAACGGGACCCUGUGUGAUGCGCAGAUCCGUUCCAAUGGUGAGGUGAUUCCUGUCCACCGCUGUGUCCUGGCAGCCUCCAGCCCCCUCCUCCUGCGUCGCCUCGCCUCCCCAUCAGGUUGCCCCGCUGGGGUGUUGGAGAUCGAGGUGCCGGCCCCCUGCGGCUCGUCCCUGCGCCCCCUCGUCUCCCUCGUGUACGGGGAGGAGGUGACGCUCCCUCGCCAUGCGGUCGACGGCUUUCUCAGGGCAGCCAGGAGCCUUGGUCUCAACCCCUACCCUGCCACCCCCGACCUUCAUUGUCCAACCCCUGACCCCGAGGUCCUGACCCCAAACCCUAUCAGUCUGACCCUUGCCCCCAAUGAUACAAACUCUGAACCUGACCUUGCGACCAUUGCCCCCAAGGUGGUGACCCCCGAACCUGACCGUCUGACCCUUGCUCCCAAGGUCAUGAUCGUUGACCCAGGGGUCACUGCCUUUGAACCUGACCGUCCGACCCUUGCCCCCAUGGUCAGGACCCUUGGGGUUGAAACCUCUGACCUUGUCCGUCCGACCCUUGCUCCCGAGGUCGCAACCUAUCACCCUGCUGGUCUGACCCUUGCCCCCAAAGUCACGACCCUUGCCCCCCAGCAAACAACCCCCACCCCCAAGAUCAGGACCUCUGACCUCCGUGCAGUGACCUCUGGCACCAAGCAGUCGACCCCAACCAAGCGGGUCCUGAACUCUGGCCCCCGCCACCGCAAGGUUGCUGGCCCCCCCGUCACAGUGACCAGUUGGAGGCGAAUGAGGGUAGGGGGGCGCUCAACUCACUCCCCCUCCCUCUCACCCUCCAUCACCAGACGACCCUGGAAACUCCACCGUGUAACCCCCUCCCCUCAGCCCCUCUCCUCAGGGCAGGCCGAGGCUCCGAGACCCUCCACUCCCCCUCCUCCCUCUCCUCCACCCCCUCUCCCUCCCCGCUGGGGCUUUGCCGGCCUCCUCUCCCUAUCCCCCAUCGUCGCAGAACAGGAGAGUUACUUGUGGGAGAGUCGGGAACACCGAGGGAGUCUCGCGGUCGAGAGAUCCCCCUCCUCUCUCUCCUUCUCCUCUGAUGAGGGGGAGAGCGAGGUAGAAGUAGGCGGCCCCAUCGAGGGGUGUCCCUAUAUCCUGGCUCCCUCUGUCUACCCCGAUCCCUCCUCCUCCCUAUCUGAGGAAUCAGAGGGAGAUGUAGAGGUAUGUGAUGGCUUUGAGGCACCUCCUUCCCUACUUGCCUCCCACCCUCCCUCACACAGCCUCGAAGUCUGAGAGAGCGCGGGGAGAUUCCGACAUCUAUUGCUUGUAUCCCAAUCCCUCUAUCUCCCUCCUUCGCAAUCUCUCACCCUCCUUUACGGGUCACCAGUCCACCCCCUCCACAGACCCAGCUGACUCCCCCAAAAAACAAACAAUAAACUACAAUCUA